AGUUAGUGGUAUUUAAUAAUUACAAAAGUGGGUAAAUUGAUACUAGUCCUGUUUAUUUGAGUUUUAGGUCCGUUUUUGGACACAAAAAAGCAUGAAGGUUGUUAAAGGUUGAGGUAAAUAAGCAGACUGCCCAUAAAAGGAAUAGUAAUCCUUUAUGUCCUCCUAAGAUUAAGUGUAUCAGACAGGCUUAAUUAAAAGUGACAGGUUGAAUGAACAAUACCUCACACCCUGACAGCCGUUAUAUCUCGGGCAGUAAACCUGAAUGCCACCCACCACGCCCUGUGGUUACACCUGUGAUGGUGGCGAGCAGCAUCUUUCACCUACCUGUUGGGCCGCUCCCACCUCCAGGGAGGAGGCUAUAAAAUCCAUCCUCCGAGCCGCUUCCACAUCUCCUCCGCACCACUCUUGAGUGUUUGACAGGUUGAAGUGAACGCUGCACCUGAGUCUGAACAGAAGUCAUCAUGGCCUAUCGCAAUUAUUCCAGCCUGUCCAUGUCCUCUAUGCCCGCAAGAACAGGCUCCAGGCGGGGGACGAGCGUGUAUGCCGGCGCAGGUAAUUCCAACGUCCGGGUGUCCAACGCCUCCAACGGCUUCGGCUCUGGCUUUGACAUCGGAGCGGCGCUCGGAGGUGGCGGGGGCAACUUCUCCAUUGCAGGUAAUGAGAAACACACCAUGCAGAACCUCAAUGACCGCCUGGCAACAUACCUGGAGAAGGUGCGCUCUCUGGAGUCCGCCAAUGCGAAGCUGGACCUUCAAAUCCGCGAGUGGUAUCAGAAGCAGGCCCCCACCGUCAGGGACUACAGCAAGUAUCAGGCAAUCAUUGAGGACCUGCGAAAAAAGAUCAGUAUUGCCUCACAGGACAAUGCCCGGCUAAUGCUGCAGAUUGACAAUGCGAGACUGGCAGCAGAGGAUUUCAGAAUCAAGUUUGAGAAUGAGUUGGCAGUGCGGAUGUCAGUGGAGGCAGACAUCGCCGGACUGCGCAAGGUCCUGGAUGACUUGACCACGGCCCGGUCUGACCUGGAGAUGCAGGUGGAGGGCCUGAGGGAGGAGCUGAUCUACCUGAAGAAGAACCAUGACGAGGAGAUGGCAGCCCUGCGUGGACAAAUCACUGCCAGCUCUGUGAAUGUGGAGGUGGAUGCCAGGCCUCAGGAUGACCUGAGCGGAACCAUGGAUCAGAUCAGAAAACAGUAUGAGGGCAUCGCUGACAAGAACCGCCGUGAGAUGGAACAAUGGUACCAGGCCAAGUUUGAUGAACUGAACAAGCAGGUGGCAUCCAGCACAGAGAGCCUUCAGACCUCCAAGAGUGAGGUCAAUGAGCUCAGGAGGGUCCUGCAGUCCCUGCAGAUUGAGCUUCAGUCCCAGCUCAGCCUGAAAGCUGCCUUGGAGGGCCAGCUGGCAGAGACAGAGAACCGCUACAGCCUGCAGCUGAACCAGCUCCAGGGCAUGGUCUACGCCCUGGAGGAAGAGCUCAAACGGAUGAGGGCGGACACUGAGAGGCAGUCCAAUGAAUACCAGAUGCUGCUUGAUAUCAAGACCAGGCUAGAGAUGGAGAUUGCUGAGUACAGAAGGCUGCUAGAUGGAGAGGAAGGAGGGAAUGUAAGGAAAUCUGUUGUCACCACCAUACAAAAGACGGAGGAGAAAAAAGAAGUCAAACCGGUCAUAACACAGAGGAGAAGGGUUGUGAUUGAGGAAAUGGUUAAUGGAAAGGUGGUGUCUCGCACAGAAGACGUGGACACAGAGGUCGUCAGCAAGUAGACGGACUGGAUCCAGAACAGAUCUGAGUCAAAUGAUGAACUAGUAAAAAGAAACCAGCUUCAAGAAGCCUUGCUGUAUGUUUUUCUGUUCUGACACCGAGAUGAAGUCUAGCAAAAAACAAACAAACAGAGAAAUAUUUUGUUAUUUGUUAUUAUUAUUGUCUAAAAUCCAUCAAUUAUAUUUCUCUCCAAACAUGUGUAGGGUUGAUAUUUGAAUAAAAUUCUGUAAAAUGUGUAAAAAAAAAAGAAAAGAAAACCAAAACAGAUUAUACUGUAUAUGGUGCCUGAAUUACAUCUGUGUUAGGUUUAUAUCAACAAAAAAACACUGGAAUAAAUAAAUGUACACAUUAGGUGGCGCUGUGAGCACCAGACAUGAAAUACACCUUUGCAUAACUGAGGCUUCUCAUUGGCUUUUGCUCCAUGGAGUGAUAAAAGAUAAGACUACCUAAUUUGCAUAUUUUUUUAGUUUCUGUAGGAAAGCCAUUGUUAAUGUGAAAGGUAACAGAAAAUAUUGGUUUGAUUUGUUAUGUGAAAUAUUUUUGUCAAAUUAAAUGUCAAGAUGAUGCCUGUCUCUGUAAUGUUAAGUGUUUCUCUACAUUAAGAGGACUAAUCUUGUUUGAGACCUGUUGUAAAAUGUAAAAAUUGUUUUUUUUUA